AUGUCCUCCGCUGUGAUUGCCGCUGUUUCCAGCCUCCCUUCCACAUCAUAUCACCAUCCUAUCGCCACUCCUCCUUCAAGCUCAACCAAGCUUAACCCUUACCUUCCCCUCCCUCAAGCCUCUGGCAGUACUACAGUCUUGUACACCAACACCACUUUUCUGCCCUCUGUCCCUUCCGCUUCCCUCCGACGCACUGUGAUACAUGUCAUUGGUGCCGAAGAAGUAGUGACCCCUCGAGCCGCAAAAUCCCUAUCAUUGAUCAGUCGAUCGGCUCAAGAGGCCUACGAUCAUUCGUUGCUCGCCCUUCGAUUGGCUCAAGAUGAAGAGGCUUUGAUAUAUCACUUCAUCGCAACAGGUUUAGACGGAUCUGUGCAAGAAAUCGAGGAUGCAAAGUCAUGGCUCAGUGAACCCUUGGGAUCUCCCAAUCCCGCAAAUGGCAAUGUAGAGGGUGACGAGGUUGAUGAGCUAUUGUCAGCUUAUGAAGCUGUCAGUCUCGCCCUUCUCAAGCUUACAAGGCGAGCCCAACGACCAUUCAUUCACCAUAAGGCCGAUUCAUCCAAACUCAUCGUUAAUUUCCUUCCAUCUUCAGUGGAAGCGGAUAAUGUCAUCGAUAUCGUCCUCGCUGUCCCCGCACCCAAAGAAAAACUCCGAUCGUCUCUUUCAGGCGUUCAAGAGGUCGUCGUGGUAGAAGGUGGCAACGGCAAAUACGGAUCAGGUUGGGCAUCGGUUGUAGAUGCUCUUGAAGGCUCAGACGUCAACAUCCGAUCUGUCUUGGUCGGUGGCAACACAUCUUCAUCCGAAAUCUCCUCAUCUUUGAACUCUUCCACACAAAUCAUCCGACUCGGCAAACCUGCCGUUCGCUCUAUCCCUUCCAACUCCGUUGCAAUCCCCUCUCCAGAGACCAGCUACACCAGUCUUCUCGCUUCCUCUCCUACACCUUUGGAAAUCCUCAAUGAUCCUGCUCAUCUCGCUGCUAAUGAAUCUACUUCCCCUCUUUACGCUUUCGGUAAAGCCGUUGCCCUUCGAAAGGAGCGAGCACGACUCAUCGAGUUGGCCAAAAAAGUUCUCAAAGCUGCGGAUACCCGAAAAGAAGUUCAUGAAGCUCUUUCUGCCUGGUUGUUGGUCAGGGACGAGAGCGGUGCUGUUGCUGCUGGUCAAAAAGUAGCCGAAGUCAUCGGUGCUGGGGCCAGCAAUGAUGAGAAGGAGCUCACUCAAAUCGGUAUCAAAGGUCACUGGGAAAAACGUGCCUUGUGGAUCGUUAUCUCCAAUUCAUGGGCUGUCGACCUUGCAUCAUCUGGUCUUCAUCACGCUCUUGCCUCCGGCCUUGAUAUCAAUCUCCUCGUUUACGAGACUGCCUCAUCUCCUUUCUCUCCCAAUGCACCAGCUCAACCCCCUAAAGAGCGAAAGAAGGAUCUCGGUCUUUACGCACUCAACAUGGGUGAUGUUUACGUUGCUUCCGUUGCAAUCUAUGCCGACUACGCUGGUGUAAUCAACGCUAUGCGAGAAGCCGAAAGCUAUUCAGGUCCUGGGCUUGUUCUUGCUUACUUGCCUUGGGGUGAGAAAGAAGAUGGCCAAUCCAUCUCGCAACAAGAGAAAGCUGGUCCUCUCGAGCGUUUGAGAGAGACCAAGCGAGCUGUCUCCGGUGGAUGGUGGCCAAUGUUCCGAUGGAAUCCUUCUCUCGCCGAUGACAAGCGAUUCAUUCUCGACUCAUCAUACAUCAAAGCCGCCCUUUCCGAAUUCCUUGACCGAGAAUCUCACUUGUCUCAACUUACACUCUCUCAACCAUCCAUCGACGCUUCUGUCACUUCCUCUGCAGGUUCCGACCUCGUAGCUGCUCGAAAAGAAAAAGCUCGAAAAGCCUAUGACGCUUUGCUCAACUCUCUCGAUGGUCCCGGUCUUCUUGUUUUAUAUGCCUCUGAUGGUGGUAACGCCGAGAAGGUCGCCAAGCGACUUGUUGGCCGAGCAAAGAUGCGUGGAGUCGGUGCUGCCCUUCGAGUUCUCGACGAGAUCGCCCCUUCCAUCGUUGAUUCCCUCAGCGAGGAGAAAAACGUUCUCAUACUCACCUCCACCGCUGGUCAAGGUGAAGCACCUCAAAACGGUCGAGAGUUCUACAAGGCCUUAAGCAAGCUUUCGGCUUCAGACAAACUUGCUGAGACCAAAGUCACCGUGUUCGGUAUGGGUGAUUCUCACUACUGGCCUCGACCUGAAGACGCCUCUUACUACAACAAACCUGCCAAGGAUAUCUUCCCUAGAGUCCUCGGUCUUGGUUGCGCCGAGCUUUGUCCCUUAGGACUCGGUGAUGAUUCCGAUCCUGAUGGAUACAUGACCGGAUACAAACCUUUCGAGGCCAGUUUAUGGAGAGCUCUUGGUGUUGACAGUGUCGAAGUCGUGGAAGAGAAGGAAGAAACCGUUGCAAAUGAACAUAUCAAGAUUGCUUCUGAUUACUUGCGUGGAACUAUCCUCGAAGGUCUUGAAGACAAAACAACCGGUGCUAUCGGUGCCAGUGACGCUCAGUUGACUAAAUUCCACGGUACCUAUAUGCAGGAUGACCGAGAUAUCCGAGAAUCCCUGAAAGCACAAGGUCUCGAACCUGCAUACUCAUUCAUGAUCCGAUGUCGAAUGCCCGGUGGUGUUUGUACUGCCGAUCAAUGGCUCCAGAUCGAUCGAAUAUCUGAUGAGCAUGGUAAUGGUACCUUCAAAUUGACGACUAGACAAACCUUCCAAUUCCAUGGUAUCAUCAAGAGUCACUUGAAACCAGCUAUGCAAGCUAUCAACAAAAGUUUGCUCGACACCAUUGCCGCUUGUGGUGACGUUAACCGAAACGUUCAAUUGACUGUCAACCCCGCAUAUUCCAAAACACAUGAAGCUGUAUACAACUUCUCCAAAGCUGUCUCCGAACACCUCUUACCAUCGACCAAUGCCUAUCACGAGAUCUGGCUUGACAAGAAGAAGGUAUACGGUGAUGCGACUCAAGCUUUCUCCGCUGAUAAUGAACCUCUAUACGGACCAUACUACCUUCCCCGUAAAUUCAAGAUCGCUAUCGCUGUUCCUCCUGAUAAUGCUGCGGAUGUGUUCACAAACGAUGUCGGUUUCAUCGCUAUUGUCGAGAACGACGAGGUUAUCGGUUAUAACGUCAGUGUUGGUGGGGGUAUGGGUGUCACACACGGAAACAAGAAGACGUAUCCUCGACUUGGUGACGUUCUCGGUUUCCUCAGUCCAGAGGACGGGUGCAAGGUCGCCGAAAGCAUCAUGCUUGUCCAACGAGAUUACGGUAACCGACAAGACCGAAAGAAUGCUCGACUCAAGUACACCGUUGACCGACUUGGUGUCGCCAAGUUCAAGUCUCUUGUCGAAGAGCGAUGGGGCAAGAAAUUCGGUGAAGAACGACCCUACCAUUUCGACACUAACUUGGACAGAUAUGGAUGGGCUCAAGGUCACGAUGGAAAAUGGCAUUUCACCAUGUUUAUCGAGAAUGGCCGAGUGGAGGAUUCAUCUCGGCAUCAAUUCAAAUCGGGUCUCCAAGAAAUUGCUAAAGUCCACAAGGGUACUUUCCGACUCACUGCCAACCAACAUCUUAUCCUUUCAGACGUCGCUUCCGAGGACCUCGAAGACAUCAAGAGAUUAUUGGCUAAAUGGGGUCUUGACAACAUUGAUCACUCUGGUGUUCGACUUUCUUCUUCAGCUUGUGUCGCUUUCCCCACAUGUGGUUUAGCUAUGGCCGAAAGUGAGAGAUACUUGCCUCUGUUGAUAGAUAAAGUCGAAAAAAUCUGUGAGGAGGCUGGUGUCAGAAACGAUGAUUUGGUCAUGAGAAUGACUGGUUGUCCUAAUGGUUGUGCACGACCAUGGGCUGCCGAAGUCGCCUUUGUGGGUAAAGCACCGGGAGCGUACAUGAUGAUGUUGGGAGGAAACCACAAUGGUACACGAUUGAAUAAACCGUUCAUUGAAUCUGCCACCGAACCCGAAAUACUAGCGGUGUUGAAACCUAUGAUCAAGAGAUGGGCAUUAGAGAGAAAUGACGGUGAAAGAUUCGGUGACUGGACUAUCCGAGCAGGUUACAUCAAACCUACCACUCACGGUACGAACUUCUGGGAGCAUGGUUUCCCAUCGGCUCAACAAGCUAUACAAGCUGUAACAGCAUAA